AUGAAGAUCUCUGCCGCCCUUGCAUCUAUCCUCGCCCUCCAGGCUGCCGCCCUUCCUGGAAAGCUCCUCCGCCGUGGUAUCAGUGAUGCGGCAGUAGAGCUGAUCGGGAGCCUUGAGGGUUUCCGCCCUGACUUUUACUAUAUCAACGGACACAAAACCGUCGGUUACGGCCAUGACUGUGUUGCCAAACAGGACUGCGACUCGAUCGAUACGCCCUUGACCAAGGAAGAGGGAGCCGCCCUUCUGAAGAAGGACCUCGCCGGCUACGAGAACUGCGUCUGUGAAAUGGACAAUGCAAAGUAUCUUAACGCCAACCAGUACGGGGCCCUUGUGAGCUUCGCUUACAAUUCGGGAUGUGGUGGCGUGCAGAGUUGGUGGCAUGGGGCGAUGGAGCAGAAGAACUUCAAGGGCAUCUGCAGCGCGCUUCCCAACACGAACACGCUGGGUGGAGAGUUGUCUAGCCGCAGAGCAAAGGAGGGAGCCUUCUGCGCAAAGCCCACUAACCAGACGUCGGGAUGUUGA